CGAUAUUCGAUUAUCAACUCGCAGUAUCAGCCAGCAGUAUAUUGGACGAAAAUAACAUAUAAAAGGAUUUAUUUUUGGAAACUCUGCGUAUAUUGUAACAUCGCAUUUAUAGCUAAAAAAUAUAAUUUUCUUAUUGCAAACAUAAAGAGGCUAAUCGAAGAAACAAGGAGACGGGGAAGACAUGGCUGCACCUGUAAUUGUGGAGGCGACUGUCAAACAGACAGCAACGCUUAUAUUUAUGCACGGCCUGGGAGACACCGGUCAUGGCUGGAGCAGCGCCCUCGCCGCUAUCCGACCACCUUUCAUGAAGGUGAUUUGCCCAACAGCACCAACACAGCCAGUUUCGUUGAAUGCUGGCUUUCGCAUGCCAUCUUGGUUUGAUCUUAAAACGCUGGAUAUUGGAGGUCCGGAGGACGAGCCCGGCAUACGUGCGGCACGUGAUAACGUACAUAGUAUGAUACAAAAAGAAGUAUCGGCUGGCAUUCCAGCCAAUCGAAUUGUGCUGGGAGGCUUUUCACAAGGUGGUGCGCUGGCUUUGUACUCCGCUCUAACCUUUGAGCAGUCGCUUGCCGGUGUAGUGGCCUUGUCGUGCUGGCUACCACUGCACAAGCAGUUCCCUGGGGCCAAGGUGAGCAGCGAUGAGGUGCCAAUAUUCCAAGCGCAUGGAGAUUACGAUCCUGUCGUUCCGUACAAAUUCGGACAGCUCAGCGCUAGUCUGUUAAAAUCUUUCAUGAAGAAUGUUACGUUCAAGACAUACAAUGGACUCUCCCACUCAUCGUCUGAAGACGAAAUGGAUGAUGUCAAGGACAUAAUCAGUAAAUGGACGCAUUGGGAGGUCGAGGGCCACAACAUAACUAGAAAGGCUCAAUGCUGCCACAUAUCAUAGUAUUGCCCAUAUAUGCAGUUCAUUCCACAAAAUCCCUAGUCAAGAAAGUCGUCGUACUCGUGCAGAUGUUCAACUAAGCCGAGU